UAGUGUAAAUGGUAACUUUUACUCUACACAGAUAUAAACUUCUGCAUAUUUUUUUCUGCAAAUCAUCAAAUUUAAUAUGAACAGGCUUAUCUGUGGUAGAUUUGGUCCAAACUGUGAACGAUACAUCCAACUAGCAGUGAAAAGAUAUGGUCAACAGCAGUCACGAAACAUAUCUGGAAAUCAUGCUUUAAUAAAGAAACAGGCCUCUCUUCGGUCGUCCUUAUUCCUGGUCUCUGAAAGGGGAUUUUGGAGGUUUUAUCAUGCCCAUAGAAGCAGACCCUCCAAAUACCUCUUGACUGCCAGGGGUCAUUUAUCAGUGCAGGGCAAUCACCGGUAUGUGGUGACAUGGAACAAAGUUGGCAGGGCAUUGCUGAGACCUAGGAAUAUCAUCAUUACAGCAGCAGUAGGAACAGGUGCUCUCAUCAGUCAGAAAAUAGAUGCAGUCAGAAAGCAGUUACCAGACUUAGAGUGGAUGAAAGAGUACAUUCCAGAAUCAGAAACGAUGAGAAACCUCAUGAAGAGCAUAAAAGGUGCAGCCUCUCAAGUCAGCUUACCAGAAAAAGGAUUCAUUUCUAAUCACCUCCCUAAGUUGAAGGAUGCCGCUGUGGUAGACAGUCUCAAGUCGUGGUGGGAGGAGAACACCAGUCAGGAAGGAACCGCAGUUUUACCUAAAGGUGGCCGGGUCUUGUAUGCCAUAUCCCAAGAUGCAGAUAAUGCACCUACCCAUAAAAAUACAGUACCACUGAUUGGAUUCGGAAGAUCUGGAGCAACUACAACAUCAAGUAAAAGGAGUCCAGAAAAAGAAAGGCUGGAGCAGGUGCAAGAGGAGAUGAUCCAGAUACAGAUACGAUAUCAGAAAGAAAUAGACAGACUAAUGAAGGAAAACAAGGACCUACGUAAAAAUCUCAUGUUGAAAGAAGUUAAAAGUGGACGAAAAAGAUCAAUGAGGGUCUUUUACCCUCUUUUUCAGAGGAGCCUGAUUGACAUGUAUUCUGAUGUGUUAGAUGAAUUGGAGCGAUAUGAUUCAAGCUAUAACACACAAGAUAAUUUACCCAGGGUAGUUGUUGUAGGAGACCAGAGUUCUGGAAAAACCAGUGUGCUGGAAAUGAUUGUACAGGCUCGUAUUUUCCCUAGGGGAUCUGGAGAGAUGAUGACCAGGUCACCAGUCAAGGUGACUCUCAGUGAGGGGCCAUACCAUGUAGCUUCAUUUAAAGACAGCUCAAGGGAAUUUGAUCUCACAAAAGAAAGUGAUUUGGCAGCACUAAGGAAAGAAGUUGAACUGAGGAUGAAAGCUAGUGUUGGUGAUGGAGAAACAGUCAGCCAGGAGUCAAUUUCCAUGACAGUCAAAGGUCCUGGUCUACAGAGAAUGGUACUGGUGGAUCUACCCGGCAUAAUAUCUACUGAAACUUCAAUAAUGGCACCAGAGACCAAGAACAAUAUCCGUAAAAUGGUGAAGAGCCACAUGGAAAAUCCCAAUGCCAUAAUUCUGUGUAUUCAAGAUGGAGCACUUGAUGCAGAGAGAAGCAAUGUAACAGAUCUAGUCAGUCAGAUGGACCCAGGAGGAAAACGGACAAUAUUUGUCCUCACUAAAGUCGACCUGGCAGAAUCUAAUCUAUACAAUCCAGAUAGGAUCCAAUCCAUAUUAGAUGGCAGGUUAUUCCCCAUGAAGGCUUUAGGAUAUUUUGCGGUAGUUACAGGAAGAGGUAAUCAAAAUGACAGUAUUCAAGAAAUAAAAAAUUAUGAAGAGACGUUUUUCAGGAAUUCUAAAUUAUUCAAGGAUGGUGUGUUAAAACCCACACAGAUGGGGACACAGAACAUGAGCUUGGCCGUGUCGGAGUUGUUCUGGAAGAUGGUCAGGGAGUCAGUUGAACAGCAAGCCGAUGCUUUCAAAGCAACCAGAUUUAAUUUGGAAACAGAGUGGAAAAAUACAUUCCCUAGACAAAGAGAGUUAGACAGGGAUGAACUUUUUGAGAAGGCCAAAGGAGACAUCUUAGAUGAAAUUAUCAACCUUGGUCAACUCACACCAAAACAAUGGGAAGAAGCAUUUUACAAUAAACUGUGGGAGAGAUGUUCGUCUUAUUUCUUUGAGAGUAUCUACCUUCCUGCAGCUCAAACGGAGAACUCUGGAACAUUUAACACUACAGUGGAUAUCAAAUUAAAGCAGUGGGCUGACAACAUGCUACCAAAGAAAUGUGUAGAGGUCGGCUGGGAUACACUGCAUGAUGAAUUCCUAAAAAUUGUGGAGAAAGACAAGAAGAAUAAAGGACAUGAUGAGAUUUUUGACCAGCUGAAGGUAGCAGUCAUCGAGGCCAGCAAAAACAAACAUCAGUGGGACAGCAAAGCCGAGGACAGUCUGAGGGUUAUUCAGGUCAACACCCUAGAAGACCGCUCAGUGACUGACAAACAACACUGGGACUUUGCCAUCAAAUUCAUGGAGGAGACUGUCAAGAAUCGACUACAACAGACACAAGAUAAGAUAAAGGAGCUAACUGGGCCAGGAACUUGGGAACAAUGGACUCAUUGGAAGUCCAAAACUCAGGAGCACAAAAACCGCGGUGCAACCAGGCAGGAGCUGGAAAAAAUCCUGUCUGCAGAACCGGACCACAAGUCAAACCUUGCCAAAGAUGAACUUACUACAAUCCGUAGAAACUUACAAACCAAUGGAAUCGAGGUCACCAAUGACUUUAUAAGGGAGACUUGGUAUCACGUUUACAGACAGUUCUUCCUCAGUAAAGCUCUGGGCCAUUGUCAGGAGUGUAGAAAAGGCUUCUAUUACUACCAGAAAGGAUUCUCAGACUCAGGACUGGAAUGUAAUGAUGUUGUACUGUUCUGGAGAUUACAGAGAAUGUUACAGAUUACAAGUAAUGCUCUCAGACAACAAGUUGUCAAUAAUGAAGCUAGAAGACUGGAGAGGAUAAUAAAGGAAGUAUUAGAUGAAUUUGGUGAUGAUCCAGAAACUCUGGCCAAAUUACUGACGGGUCCACGAGUACAGCUAGCAGAGGAAUUAAAAAAAGUGAGACAGAUUCAAGAGAAGUUAGAGGAAUUUAUUCAAGCAUUAAACAAGGAGAAAUGACAUGGAUCAUAAACAUAAAAAAAGGAGCAUCUCUGUGAUUUUAUUUGCAUUAUAUGUUGUCAGAACUUACACAGCAGUUUUCCUCCCAGUGCAGUGUAUGGAGUACUAUAGUACUAAUUUAUUUCGAUAAGUGAUGUGGUGCAGAUAAGGUUAAUCCCAUUAUGAUUUUUCUUCUGAAGUGCUUAAGUUUGUUACUCAUUUUACAUGCAUGUUGUUAUGCCUCAUGUAUUGCUAACUUCUGGGUUUUCAUUAUUUACUGUCUACAAAAAUAAAAUUUUAUAAAUGAUUAUUUUGCAAUGUAGGUAUAUGUACAUGUGUAUGUAUGAUUUAAAUUAUCUGCAUUCAGAAUACUAUUGUUAACUUGUAAACACAAUACAGUGAGGUAAAUUUGCCAUUUAUUUUGUCAUGGUACAAUUCAGAAUAAAUGUAAUAGAAAAAUAUGAUAAAUGUUGAAAAUAUACAA